AAAGCAGAGACGCAGGACUGUGCAGGAAUUAGACAAACCAUGCUGUUGCUUGUGUUCAUUGUAUGCAUUGCCAGUGAACUUUUUACUCUGAGAGUAUUUUGCAUGCCAAUGAUGGACCAGGGGCCCCAUAUCUCCCACGGCUGGGGCCAGGUGGUCCGGCUUCUGCAUCUGUAUGCAGCCAAGCCAGGACUGCACCUACUGAUUACUGAGGAUGGACAGAUUCACGGUUCAGCAGAUCAAACUCUUUACAGCUUGCUGGAGAUCAGACCUGUUGGUCCAGGACAUGUUGUGAUCCGGGGAGUGGCAACUACACGGUUUCUCUGCAUAGAGAUCAACGGAAGACUGUACACAUCUCAAACAUACACCAAAACUGAUUGCACCUUCAGAGAGCAGAUUUUGGCAGAUGGGUACAACAUCUACACCUCUGAUGGACACGGAGCCAUCCUCAGUUUGGGAAACACCCAGCAAAGACUUCAUGGCUUAGACCAAGGUCUUCCAGCUUUGGCCCGGUUUCUUCCCAGGGAAAAUACCCUGCAACAGUCAAUCCCCACAGGACUGGAAGUCCCUGAUCAACUCAUUCCAGAACAAGAAGAAGAGACUGUGGACACAGUAGCCUCAUUUGGGAAGCUCUCUCAGAUAAUUCACAGUCCCAGCUUCCACAAGAGAUGAAAUAGCAGGUGUAAGACACCUGUGUGUUGAGGGAUGUCCAAGCACUACCUCCUGCAUGUUUUAAAUUCACGGACAGACCAUGAAUCUCCUCUCAGAGAGGCAUGCUGAGUGGAGUGACACCUGUAAGGAGUGUAAACUCAAUCCUGCAUUUACUUCCACUGAAAAAAUACAGAAGGUGUUCUCAAUUUCUGUCCUUAUAAAAGCCUUUCUGCAUUAAGAAAUAUGUUUGCUGUACACUGUAUCGCCGCAUUAGCGGACGGUUGGCAAAGGGAAGGAACAGCACAACAUUCAUUUAAAAAUUGUAGAUUUAAUACAAUGUGUGAUAAGUGAAAAGCUACUGACAUUAGAGAAACAAUCAUAUAUUUGGUGGCUCUUUUGACAAACUGCUUCUAUGAUCUGCACAGGAGGAAAUAUACUUCUUUAGGAUUUUUGGUCGUUCUAAAAAACCUGCAGAGACUGUGUGAGUUAGUAUGUUUCUCCAGGCAAAAAUAUUGUUGUUUAGCUGUACUUGUAUUUAUUUAGUUAUUUAAAUGUUAUCAAUUUUAAGCUUUAGAGUUUUACCUCUAUUUGUACAGCAUGUGUGCACAUGUCCGAUAAUGUAAGUGUUUAAACAUGUUUUGGAAUAAAUUGUUGAAAUGAA